AGAUUACUGUUCAAUUUGAGAAGGGUGCUCCUCCCUCACUGCUUUUGUCCGUUCAGUUCACGGGCCAUAGCCUGGUGCACUUAGUCGAACUCCUUCAAUGGUUGAAGCCCUCAAUGGCCAUGUACAUGCUAAAACUGGUUGAGUCCUCUAAUAGUUCUAUGGCCUAUCUGGAGCACAACCAUUUGCUGCGCAAAAUUGACUCACUCGAACAUGCACUGAUGAAAGUCAUAUGACUACUCACAGUCAGCAUUGUUUAGGGAAGUGUAUUCAACAUCGACAGAAGACAACGUGGAUAAGAGAAAAUGCCACUGACGAAAGCGAUAAUUGUGCCAGGAAAUGGAGCUGGAGAUGUAGAGCGGUCCAAUUGGUAUGGAUGGGCCAAAAAACAGAUAAAUAAGAUUCCAGAUGUGACCUGCCUGUUGAGCAACAUGCCUGACCCAGUGACAGCCAGAGAGAGCAUAUGGUUGCCAUUCAUACAGGAGGAGCUCCAAUGUGAUGAGGAGACUGUCAUCAUUGGCCACAGCUCUGGGGCAGCUGCAGCCAUGAGGUAUGCAGAAACACACAACGUGUUUGGCCUCAUUCUGGUGGGUGCCUAUACUUCUGACCUGGGAGAUGAGAAUGAGAGAGAGAGUGGAUAUUUUAGCCGGCCAUGGGAGUGGGAGCAAAUGAGAAGAAACGUUGGGCACAUCGUUCAGUUUGGCUCCACGGAUGACCCCUUCCUGCCUUGGGAGGAGCAGCAAGCUGUGGCCGAGGGCCUGGGCGCGGUGCUGCACAAGUACACAGACCGAGGACACUUCCAGAACACACAAUUCCCUGAGCUCAUUGACGCAGUGCGAAAGCUGAGGGCAGCUGCUUAAAAAGCAGCAGAGUUGUCCGCCAUUGGAAUAUGACACGCAAUGAGGACUAUAGCCCAAUUACGAAUAUCUGUUCAGUUGCUCCCUUCCCUCUGUGUCCCUCUGGGGAAUCCUCAUGUGGACCCUUAUGAUUACGAUAUGAUGGAGAUUCCAAUUUAUCAAGUGUAGUUCACAAUGUCAUCAAUGUGCUCAUCUUUUGCUCCAUUACUUUGAGUGCUCUUCGGAAGACUCGCCAGUUUUGUUCACCUGUGUUUCCAGCAAUUUGUUGAAAGAGUUCAGCAUAUAUUAAGAUUCACCCACAAAUGCACAUUUUACUGACAGCUGUGAGUUUCCAUCAAACUGGCUUCUUGCAAAUAAAAUGCUGUGAGAAAAGACAGAA